ACGAAACCAUUUUUUUAUAGCAAAUUCCCUUUCUUAGACAGCAUUCUUAAUAGACGACAAGAAAAAAUACAGCUUCUAUGUUUCUUUUUGGUUUUUUAUUUAGACUGUUUGCUUAAGAUAGCGUUGGAUUUGAGAAAAACCGCUCCGCUACAAAACACGCCAACCUUUUUAGAUUGCAUUUAUUGUACUACAUUAUCAGCACAGUUUCAGUUUUUAUACCACAUCAAAACAACACACAACAGUUCUCUUCAAGACGAAUUUUGUUUAUGCAGAAAAAACAGUAAAAAACACCAAGCGAUCACGCAGAUUGAAAAACUUACUAAAAUAGCAAGCUAUUCGUUACUGAACAAACUGCUCAUUAAUUUAACUAGUUACUUAAAUUGUUUUAUACUUUUGCUUAGUUUGGCUGGAGCUCCUGCGCAAAUUAAACAUUGAAAAGUUCAGCUCAAACGCUCUGGUAUUUUUGCUCAGCUAAACACGCAUUUUCUUACCAUAUACCAACUCACAGUAAACUGUGUUGAAUAAAUUUUUAAAUAGCAUGUCCGUUGAAAUGACUAAUCUCUGAACGGAAUCAUCGGAAAACGAUCAGCAAAAGCAUAUUCAAAUUCCUUAAGCAAACAGGAAAAAUUGUUUCUUACCAGUCUACCUAAGCUUACUUUUUUCCUUACUAUAAAGCUUCACAGCAUUGAUAAGUACAUUAGACUACCAACUUGUGUGACUAAUCAUUCAGUUUUGUUUACAAAAAAAAUAAACUUAUCAAAACGUCAUCAGAACCGAUCAAAUAUUUGCACCAUCAAGUUAACAAAGUCCUUAUUUGUGAGAAUAUUCAUCAUGUUUAAAAAGAAAUCGAACAAAUCAAAAGAGCAAGUAGGUACUAUAAGUAAAGACGAUAUCUCACAGCCUUCGAAUCCUGUUCACAAAAUAAACGUAAUUCACGAUCAAGACAGACAAGAGUUAGUUGGUCUACCUCGUCAAUGGAAUGGCUUGAUCGACAAGAAGUUUGUUGGACAUAAGAAACGAAGUGCAUUCGUGGAUCCGACACAGAUAACAGACAUCGCACCUGUGAAGCUGAUUGUGGGCCAAAAGAGCAGCUUGACCCCUGAACAGAAAGCGGCCGGGUUGACUCGCAAAAUCAGUUUGGACAGGACCAACUCACUGCGUAACUACAAUGACCAGUACAAAAUAGAACAGACUAACAACUUCCAAACACUGACUGAGGAAGAAAACGAGGAGGAGGCCGAGAUACAAAAACGAUCCAGCUCCUCCAGUGAAACCAGUUCGUCCCAAAGCAUCCCAUCAGCAGAGAGCUCACGAAAUACGAUCACUAACAACAGCACAUCACCGCCUUCGGUAGACCAGCGCGAAAUAAAUAUUCCACAACAAAACCAGCCUUACUCGCAAAAGAAAAAUUUACCCAACGAAAAAACCGAUCAACGGUUUAACUUUCGUCAAGACGUUUUACUAACCGGCCACCGAGCCUCAACCCAGAAUCCCGUCAGAGAUUCAGAAGUUAAAAGAGCACAUGAUCCAAAUUUGGUAGGUAACCAGAAUGAAGUUUCACCGAUCACAGUUGCAGCAGUUCCUAAAACUAAAUUGCCACCGCCUGUAGCGCCAAAACCAAAAAUACUGCAAACUGAUAACUUGUCUCAAGGUCAGGAUCGAACUGAGAGGCCAUCAAGUAUGUAUUCGUACAGCCAACCGUACAAAGCUACUUACCAACAUCAGACACAAGAACAACGACAAAAACAGCUGGAGCGGGAGCAGCGGGAUGAGCAAUACCCUCAACAACAGCAAAAUAACGAACAGCGUCAAAACUAUUUUAAAAAAAUGCCGCAACCACACCAGACCCAACGGCAGUUUGGCAGCUCAGGUGCCCGAAACUGGUCACCUCCAACUGUGAGUCCAGAAACUGCACAUGCUAAACCGCAACAUGGGAACGUAAUACAUAAGGUCAGGACAAACAGUGGCUCGCAACAAGUGGCUCGCAACAAUUCCAGUAAUCGAAGUUCAAGUCAGGAACCAUUGUCUUCCAACAGCAAAACUUUGUCGCCUAUCGAGCCGAAACAUGGUGACGCAAAGGAAAAUCUGAAGGACUUUUCGUUUCCAAUACUAUCCUAUGAUGACGAAGAAUACGAGCAGAUUUCUCAAAAAAGAGUGAGAGAGAUGGACCGAAGAAUGGAACGGGUUUCCAUGUUUUCUUCGGUUCAGAACUUAGACACAAGUCACAGCGCCAUUAACAACAAUUUUGAACAUACAAACACAAACAGCGUUUUUAAGAAUCGUCCAAAUGAACCAAGACCAGUAGCAACUCAGCAGCACGAACAACCACAAAGACAGCAGGAGCGGCAGCAGCGAGAUGAGCAACACCAUCAGAAAAAUCAAAAUUAUGAACAGCGUCAAAAUUAUUAUAAAAAAAUGCCGCAACCACACCAGACCCAACAGCAGUUUGGCAGCUCAGGUGCCCGAAACUGGUCACCUCCAACUGUGAGUACAGAAACUGCACUUGUUCAAGCGCAACAUGGGAAGGUAACACAUACACAAUCUGUUGCUCGCAACAACUCCAGUAAUCGAAGUUCAAGUCAGGAACCAUUGUCUUCUAACAGCAAAACUUUGUCGCAUAUAGAGCCGAAUCAUAGUGAGGCAAAGGGAAAUCUGCCGAAAUUUUCAAUACAAUCCUAUGAUGACGAAGAAUACGAGCAGAUUUCUCAAAAGAGAGUGAGAGAAGUGGACCGAAGAAUGGAACGGGAGUCCAUGUCUGCAUCAGUUCAAAAUCUAGACAUUAGUCACAGCACCAUAAAUAGUAACUUCAAUACUAUAAACAGAAACAGCGAUUUUGAUAAUCGUCCACAGGAAUCACAGAUGUCAAUUUUGCGACCGAGGAAUAAGAAAAUGGCCAAAAGUGCUACGAACUUGAGCCAGGCUCAGGCAGGUGUGACAUUUAAGCAAAGGGUCAAAGUCAAAGAACUGGACGGGGGAGACGAAAGAGAGAAUACAGAAGAAUAUUUUCCACUGGCUAUCCCUGCACAGCCGAAGCAAACAAAGUUUGAUCAAUUCGCCAGGAGAAAAUCAUCAGGAGAGGUUGAAGCAGAAAUAAAACCAAUGAACUGCAUGGAAGAUCAGUCACAUUUAAACGACGAUGAAUUCAAAAAUAUACUGCACUCUCUGUGCUCAAACAAAGAUCCGAAAUACAGAUUCAAAAGCAUGAAGAAAUUAGGAGAAGGUUCAACAUAUACUUCGUACAAAGCGGAAGAUAUAUUUUUGAAACAAACAGUUUCUCUUAAAAUCAUGUCAAUCCGAAAACACGCAAGACGCGAAUUGAUGUUCAACGAGGUUCUGGUUCUCAAAGAAUAUCAGCAUCCCAACAUCGUCGGCUUUUUCGACAGUUAUUUAGUGGGAGACAAUUUGUGGAUUAGCUCAGAAUACAUGCGUGGAGGUACUCUCACGUCUUACAUCACCAAGCGAAAAAUCAAAUUCAAGGAACCACAAAUUGUAUAUAUAGUUCAGUCUCUUUUGAAAGUGUUGGUUUUCAUCCACUCGAAAGGUAUCAUUCAUCGCGACAUAAAAAGUGACUCCGUAUCACUAACCGAGGAAGGAAUUGUUAAACUAUCGGACUUCGGGUAUUGUGGCCAAAUAUCUCAAGAGUACCCCAAACGGCGCUCACUUGUUGGAACACCUCACUGGAUGGCCCCUGAAGUAGCUUUGAGUCGACCUUAUGGAACAGAAGCCGAUAUAUGGUCUCUUGGCAUUCUCAUAAUUGAGAUAAAAGAAAAACAGCCUCCGCAUUUCGACCAGGGUCUCAAACAAGUAAUGAAGACCAUUGCAGAUAGUCCUGCGCCAACAUUCCGGGAUCCCAAGAGUGCGAGCCGGAUGCUAAUUGGAUUUGUAGCACAGUGCUUGGAAAAAAAUGUGCUGAAGAGACCAAGUGCCAAAGAGCUUUUACUACACCCACUCAUGUGUGAGAACUUGAGCAGCGAAGUGAUUGAUUUUGUAGUCACUAAGUAAACGAUUACAAACCGAUUGCGCAAUUCUUUACCCUUGAUGACAUUUAUCUUAAAUUUUUUGAUUUAGAAAUAUUUGAAUUUGCGAAUGACUCCAAGACAGUAACUCAUAAUUAAAACUUUGAUUUUGUAAACAAAUUUAAGCUUCAUAAUUUAAAAAUU